GACUACAAAUGGACUCUCAGGGGACGCCACCGCCAGUCAUAUGCUCCGCGGCAGCGCAGCCUCGGCCUCGCAGAGGUAGUUGUGGCCUGUGCCGGCUACGGAGGCCGGCAGGGGGCGGCGGCGGAGGCCGUUACUUAGGGUCCAGAGGCGGGGCCGCGGGUUCCAGGCACUGCAAGCCGGCGGGCCACGACUGGGCCGUGACGAGGUGCGGGCCGAGGCCAUGGGCGACCGCGGAGGCGCGGGCGGCUCUCGGCGUCGGAGGAAUGGCUCGCGGGUCUCCGUCCUGAGUGGUGGCGGGCCUGUGGCAGCCGAAGAGGAGGUGCGAGACGCGGCUGCGGGCCCCGACUUGGGAGCCGGGGGUGACGCGCCAGCUCGGGCUCCAGCUCCAACCCCGACCCCGGACAAAGACAGACACACCAACGUGGGCGACGGCCACUGGGAGCUGAGGUGUCACCGUCUACAAGAGUCUUUGUUCAGCUCAGACAGUGGUUUCAACAAUUAUCGUGGCAUCCUGAAUUGGUGUGUGGUGAUGCUGAUCCUGAGUAAUGCCAGGUUAUUUUUAGAGAACCUCAUCAAGUAUGGCAUCCUGGUAGAUCCCAUCCAGGUGGUGUCUCUGUUUCUGAAGGACCCCUACAGCUGGCCUGCCCCAUGCUUGAUUAUUGCAUCCAACAUCUUUCCUGUGGCUGCAUUUCAGAUUGAGAAGCGCCUGGCAGUGGGUGCCCUGACAGAGCAGAUGGGGUUGCUGCUACAUGUGGUUAACCUGGCUACCAUCAUCUGCUUCCCAGCAGCUGUGGCCUUACUGGUUGAGUCCAUCACUCCAGUGGGUUCUUUGUUUGCCCUGGCAUCAUACUCCAUCAUCUUCCUCAAGCUCUUUUCCUACCGGGAUGUCAACCUGUGGUGCCGCCAGAGAAGGGUCAAGACCGAAGCUGUUUUUGCAGGGAAGAAAGUCAGUGGGGCUGCUGCUCAGCAAACUGUGAACUACCCAGACAACCUGAACUACCGAGAUCUCUACUACUUCAUUUUCGCUCCUACCUUGUGUUAUGAACUCAACUUUCCUCGGUCCCCUCGAAUACGAAAGCGCUUUCUGCUACGACGGGUUCUUGAGAUGCUCUUUUUCAUCCAGCUUCAAGUGGGGCUGAUCCAGCAGUGGAUGGUCCCUACUAUCCAGAACUCCAUGAAGCCCUUCAAGGAUAUGGACUAUUCACGUAUCAUUGAGCGGCUCUUGAAGCUGGCGGUUCCCAACCAUCUGAUCUGGCUCAUCUUCUUCUACUGGCUUUUUCAUUCCUGCCUGAAUGCUGUGGCAGAGCUCAUGCAGUUUGGAGACCGCGAGUUCUACCGGGACUGGUGGAAUGCUGAGUCUGUCACCUACUUUUGGCAGAACUGGAAUAUCCCUGUGCAUAAGUGGUGCAGCAGACACUUGUACAAGCCUUUGCUCCGACUAGGCAGCAACAGAUGGUUGGCCAGGACAGGUGUGUUUCUGGCCUCAGCCUUUUUUCAUGAGUACCUAGUGAGCGUUCCCCUGCGUAUGUUCCGUCUCUGGGCAUUCACAGCUAUGAUGGUUCAGGUCCCACUGGCCUAUUUUGUGGGCCGCUUCUUCCAAGGAAACUAUGGCAAUGCAGUUGUGUGGCUGACACUCAUCAUUGGGCAGCCAGUGGCUGUGCUCAUGUAUGUUCACGACUACUACGUGCUCAACUAUGAUGCUCCAGUGGGGACCUGAGAUACUGCCAAAGGCCGGCCCUCCCUAACCUGGGCCAGGAGUUCCAGAGGGGUUCCUGGCUGCCUGCACACUCCUCCUUGUCUGGGAGGCCUCUCUGCCCCUAUGGGGCCCACUCCUGCUCUUGGGUAUGGCACCCAAGUCCAGCUGGUAUAAACCAGUGCUGGGAGUUUGUACUGACCAGGGGCCGAGGGCAUCAAUAAAGUCUAAAACCCUUCCUCAGCCUGCUGGGGUCAUGGAAGCUGCUGAGGGUAACUGACACCCGCAUGUGUUAUGUAGCCUCUGCUUUAGGGACUGAAAUUCUCAACCUCCAGUUUAAGUAUAUAGUGCUGGAAAGAUUUGUUUCCAACAACUCUACAAUCUCAUGGAGUAUAUGGACAAAGUUGUUUAGCUGCAUGAUAGGACAUAGGCAGUCACAUGUAGUGAUGGCCCUAGAACAGUAGCUGAGCAAGGUUACUGCUCAGGAAAGGCCGGUGAGUUCUUAACCUAUCUUGUUACUCCACGCAGGGUCAGGGCACAGAGCUAUGUGGACUCAAUAGAUGACCCUGUAGCAGCUGGCUAUAUUGUGUCUAGAACCCUUGUGAGGAGUCUGGUUUAAGAGAUGACAUGCAGGGCUCACUUGUGUUGAUGAGACUCCAGGUAAGCACCCUGAUGCCACAGUGCCACUAUAUCUGUCACCUCUAAAGGUGGGGCCAUCAUGGAGAGGACUUUGUACGCUGACUGCCUGGGGCCCAGGAAUUAAUAAACACUGUGUCUUAAGAUAUGUUUCAACUCCUU